CUUUUUCAAAUCCCUCACACAAAACUUCAAUCUUCGUCUUCUUUUGAUUUUCAUCCAAAACCCCUACUUUAAAUCACCUAAAUACAGCCUAAAGUCUUGGCCUUUCCAUCUCCAGAACCAGAAAAAGAAUCAAAUCUUGUUGCUUUAAGCAGAAAUGGCGGCUCGGUACAUGUCCUACGACACUCGCUCCUCCACUUCUUCUCAUUUCUCCGACCCAUCAUCAUCAGUGGAGCUCAACAGCUCUUCCCUCAAGUACAAGUCCUCUUCUACGUCUCGGGCAAUCGUGAAAUCGAAGCCACUGGAUGUGUCCCAAGGCAGCAAGGCCAAGCCGAAGGUGGACCACAACUUGGCUGCCAUGGUGAAGAGAUUUGUGGACAAGAAGUCGGCGAGUAAGAAGGUGGAGCUGGUGAUUCCCUGCGAUGUGAUUGCGGAGGAUCUGAAGAAGACGGCGAGGAAAGGGGUGGGUUUGACUGCGUUGCAGAAGAAGCUGUUCGGGAAGGGGUCGGCUGAGAAGCAGAAGGAGGUGAAGGCGUUGACAGAGGUGAAGGGAAAUACAAGGACUCUGGCAAUGGUGUUGAGGAGUGAGAGGGAGCUUCUGAGUGCUAAUAAAGAUCAGGAAAUGGAAAUUGCUGAGCUCAAGUUGUUGCUUGAAGAGAAGAACAGAGAAGUAGAGAAGUUGAAAGAUUUGUGCUUGAAGCAGAGGGAAGAAAUUAAGGGAUUGAAGAGUGCAAUACUGUUCCCAGAUGUGAUGAAUUCCCAACUUCAUGAGCUUCUAGAGAAGCAGGGUUCAGAGUUAAGGCAAGCUAAACAGUUAAUCCCAAGUCUCCAAAGGCAGGUCACUUCUCUCACAGGCCAGCUCCAAUGCCUUGCGGUAGAUCUUGCCGAGGUGAAGGCAGAUAACCAUACAGCAAGGGCAUGUUUUCAGCAUCAUAUUGGUAGCUCUCCAAGGACACCAUCAUACGACAACGAGAACACUCCUAAUUCCUUGGAAUUCAGUUCAGGCGAUCCAACAACUCCUGAUAGUCCGGAUGACAUGCUGCUGAAGGACUUGAAUCCUUGUUUAACGCCUUAUUGUGCCAAGACAAAAUCAAAGGAAUUUGAAGAAACUGGCUAUGAUUCUCCAGAGAAGGAAACCUUGUAUAAGAACAAUACGCAAAUGUUGGAUCAGGUAGGAGUAGGAUACAGUUCUUGUCCCAGGAAAUUGUCCAAAAGUUCAGAUUGUUGUCAGGGUCCCAAUGCAGGGAGCAGAAUGGCACGGACUGCUCGCAGAUCUGAUGAAAGCAAGGGCCCUUAUCGAAAGCAAAUGCAUCAUACAUUUUUCUAGUUGCUUGGCAGCUCUCAUUUCGUGAAUUUCUUUCUGCUUCCUUCUUCCAUCCCGUGCUCUUUUUGCAGAUUAUGGAUCAUGGCUUUGGUUUUAUUUAUGUUCAAAACCAGUUAGACCCCAGGUGUAUAUGGUAUGUUUCAAGCGCAUCAAUAAGGCUUGGUCGGUGAUUUGCAGGCCGAAACUCCAUGGAUUUUUCUCUGAUGCGCUUUAAGCUAGGGGCGUGAAACUGUUGUAAGUUGUAACUGUCAUGUUGAAUUUAUAGAAUAAUUUGCUUCAAUUGCA